CCCGCCUCCCCGCCCGCCCCACUUCUCAUUCACUUGGCUCGCACCGUGCAGACGGCACUGGGAGCACACACCGCCAGUCUGUGCGCAGAGCCGGAGCCAGAGGCCGCGGGUACACCAUGCACGCCCCCAACUGAAGCAGCACCUCAAAGCCGCAGCUCUUCGCAGCCCAGCGGAUUUCAGAGAGCUCUGACUCAGAGGAAGCCCUGCGGAGAGACCCCCGAAACCUCCUCCACGACAGUCCUCACCCGACGCUCCACCACUGCAGACAGGAGCGCAGAGUGGCCCCGGCUCGCAGCGCAAUGGAGCGGAUCCCCAGCGCGCAACCGCCCCCCACUUGCCUGCCCAAAGCGCCGGGACUGGAGCCCGGAGACCUACCAGGGAUGGAUUUUGCCCAUAUGUACCAAGUGUACAAGUCGAGGCGGGGAAUAAAGCGGAGCGAGGACAGCAAGGAGACCUACAAACUGCCGCACCGGCUCAUCGAGAAAAAGAGACGUGACCGGAUUAACGAGUGCAUCGCCCAGCUGAAGGAUCUCCUCCCCGAACAUCUCAAACUUACAACUUUGGGUCACUUGGAAAAAGCAGUGGUUCUUGAACUUACCUUGAAGCAUGUGAAAGCAUUAACAAACCUAAUUGAUCAACAACAGCAGAAAAUCAUUGCCCUGCAGAGCGGUCUGCAAGCUGGUGAUCUGUCGGGAAGAAAUGUGGAAGCAGGUCAAGAGAUGUUCUGCUCAGGUUUCCAGACAUGUGCCCGGGAGGUGCUUCAGUACCUGGCCAAGCAUGAGAAUACUCGGGACCUGAAAUCAUCACAGCUUGUCACCCACCUCCACCGUGUGGUCUCCGAGCUUCUGCAGGGCGGUACUUCCAGGAAGCCGUCAGACCCAGCCCCCAAAGCAAUGGACUUCAAGGAGAAACCCAGCUCCCUGGCCAAAGGCUCCGAAGGCCCAGGCAAAAACUGUGUGCCAGUCAUCCAGCGAACUUUCGCCCACUCGAGCGGCGAGCAGAGUGGCAGUGAUACGGACACAGACAGCGGCUACGGAGGAGAAUCGGAGAAGAGUGAGCUGCGUGUCGAGCAGCCGUACUUCAAAAGCGAUCAUGGACGCAGAUUCACCAUGGGAGAAAGGAUCAGUGCUAUUAAGCAAGAAUCCGAAGAACCCCCCAUGAAAAAGAGCAGAAUGCAGCUCUCUGAUGAUGAAGGCCCUUUCACUAGCACUGACCUGAUCAGCUCCCCGUUCCUGGGCCCACACCCGCACCAGCCUCCCUUCUGCCUGCCCUUCUACCUGAUCCCACCGUCAGCAACUGCCUACUUGCCCAUGCUGGAGAAGUGCUGGUACCCCACGUCUGUCCCAGUGUUAUACCCGGGCCUCAACGCCUCUGCCGCAGCCCUCAGCAGCUUCAUGAACCCAGACAAGAUCUCGGCCCCCUUGCUUAUGCCCCAGAGACUCCCUUCUCCCCUGCCGACCCAUCCUGCCAUCGACUCUUCUGCCCUGCUCCAAGCUCUGAAGCAGAUCCCCCCUUUAAACUUAGAAACCAAAGACUAAACUAUUUAGGGGAUCCUGCUGCUUCACUUUCCUUCCUCCCUACUUCCAAAAAAUGUGUUUGUGAGUGCAGCGAGAUUGUUUCAGUGUGUAUGCCAAGAUCAUCUGAGGCAGGGAGAGAAGAUUCAGGUGUGUGUGUGUGUGUGUGUGUGUGUGUGUGCGCGCGCGCGUGCCUGACUAUGCAUUGUGUGUUGGUAUGGGACGUUAAAGCUCCUUUGGGCGUAGGGAACUUGUGAAGGAUUGCCUGACAUCAGGAGACUUAGGGGGGAUUGUCUCAGACCUCUGGGCCUUUCCCCUCCCAGAGAGUAGCCCCUUCUGAUAUAAAGCAGCUGAAUUUCCAAAAGCUGCGAAGUCUUGGUCUGUGAGUCAGUCUCCACUUUGGGAGCCGGGUCUGUGGCUUUUGAGAAAAAGGUACUUUCAAAAGAGGGCUUUCCAGAGUGCAGUUCCCAGCCAGCUCUGAUGACCCCACCCUUCUCCCUUCUGUUGUCGCCGUGACUCACUGUAUGGGCAGAGGGCAGCCAGACUGAACUUUCUCCAAAGUGGUGAGGUAGCAGACACUGGCAUAGCACGGUAGUGGUCUGGGGAGGUUUCCGCAGGUCUGCUCCCCACCCCUGCCUCAGAUGAAUAAAGAGAAUGUAGUUCCCUA